GCCGCCGUUUUGCCUACUUGUGUUUCGCUAAGGUUCACAUUCGCGCCAAAGUAAUUCGUCGCUCGAUGAGUGUGGCAUGGAUAUUACUUCGUCUACACGAUCUUCAAUUGGUUAAAAGUCUCACGACCCCAGAUGAUCUGGUUUCUGUUUUUUAUACCAACCCUCCUCAUUUCCCCUCCAACUUUCUAUAUCAAAGACAUUGAGCCUGAUCUUGCCAGUUCAUUUUCACAAUUUCCCAGAGACGCUUGCGAUGGUGUGCCUCCGCCGACUCGUCGGAUUCACGUUCAUUCUGUUUGUGUUUAAAGCCAAUGGAGUUCAAACUGGUGCCGGUGGACCACUGUUGGCUUGUCAUGUUCCACUGGAGGUUAAAAUUUUCGCUGACUCAUCCUAUCAAGCUUUAUCGGCUGAUUUGAAACCCUGCACGCACAUCAUUUUGAGCAGUGUCAACGCGCUUUUUCUGCCCAGCACCAACGCCUCUUUAGCUUCCAUCCUGGUUGGCGAGAAACGCAGCUUAGAACUACUGAAGCAACAGACCCCGGAAGCCGAAUUCAGUUUCAGCCUUCGUUCUAGCAACACGUUGCCGGCAUCAUGGAACCUAAAAACGAUUUUUAAUCGGAUAUCAUCCGUUGCCCUGUUGGUCGAAUUUCUGCGAGUCAAUAAGCUCAAGAGUUUUGACAUCGCCUGGGAUUUGAUUCAAUCUGCCCCAGACUAUGGACCACAGUUGAAAAGCUUGAAAGCCACGCUAGGAAAAGAAGGAUUCAAUUUGACUACUACGAUUGGUGUGGAAGUUGAUCGUAUUGACGCAUUUCAUGUGACUAAGAUCGCCUCCAUCGUUGAUCGCAUCUUUCUCGUGUCCUCUUACAAUCGUCACUACAGUGGUAGUCAGUAUCCUUUAACCGAAAAGAAGGUAGAACAGGCGUUCGAUGCUCUCGAACUCAACGAAGGAGCUUUCUUGAAACUUUACUCUACACUAAAUUUGAGCUGGAAAAAGAUCGUCGUUGGAUUAUCCCUCAAAACACUUGUAUGGAAAUUAAACACAGGAACAUUAACAGGCACUCAGUUUAGCCAGUAUCAAGCUGUUCUGCAGCUCCAGAGCUACUAUGAAUCAUGCAAAACAGUUAAUAGCAGCUGGCGAAUUCAAGAGCAAAUGCCAAAUCCAUUUUAUCAACUUGCCAUAGCGCCAACUAAUGACCAGUGGAUGAUCCAUAUCGAUCCUUUGACUCUGGGCAGGCGUGUUGACCUAUUGAAGCAAUAUGGUUUCGGCGGAGUGGCUGUCUACGAUUACUAUCAGGAUGAUUUCGCCGGGAUCUGCAACCCUAAGGGAAAGUUUUACCCUCUCAUUGAACAGGCUGGCCGAAGCAUUCGGAAUGGCAAUUUGACAGCGCUAUUUCCAAACAUUGACGCAAAUAAUGGAUUCUGCAUCCCAUUUCUUGGACUGACGAAUGAAUGCAAAGGGGCCUUCAACUUUGGAACGCCAAAAAUAAGUACCAAGUCGUUGGAAUUCACUAGCACUUCUACGUCAUCUACUGUUCCAGUUACAAGAACCACUUUUCCGGUUGUGAAUAAUUCAACGCCUACACGUGAAUCGUCUCAGUACACGGCAGAAACUACGAUGCCAAGUUCUUCAAUAAGUGGGGCCACUAUCGCUCUAGCUGCUUCCUGGGCUCAGGUGGCGGAUGCUGAAAAUCUGGUUCGAACUAGGAGGAGCUCAGUUUCAUCAAGCGACUUGGGAACGGAGCCUUCAUAUUCCUUUCUGAGGUCUCCUGGCUUUGAUUUGGUAAACCCCAAUUUUUCGUCAUCAAAUAGCGAGGUAGGAUUACCUGCUUCCAAAUCUUCGACUGCGACAAAUGUUUCUCCAAAUAUUGUAACGGAAUCUUCAGAGGAGAAAGUUGAGCUAUCACGUGAUGAUCAUACUCACUUGUCGGAUGCUGUCGCAACUAUGAUCAGCCAAACGCUUGAAUUGCCUGGGACAGCUGGUAACCAGGCAGUACUGGCGAUACAAGAAUCCACACUAUCAGCCGUUGAUAUUGUUUCUUCCAAGUUAUUACCAUGGAAGCUUGAAAUUCCGACUGCUGUUGAAAAUGGGGUCGUCGUCCCGUCCUUUUCCACUUUGCUACCAGAGUUUGAUACAUUUACAGAAACUGAGCCUAGCAGCGUAACACCUUUGCAGAACUCCAUCGAGAACGAUGCGCCCGUUGCAUCACCGACUCCUUCUACAUCUGAAAUUGAUCAGACGAUGGAUUCUACCAUUGUUUCAAUCGUCUCGUCACCUCAGGCGGUCAUUACGUCAUCUUUUCAAAUAGAAGUGGAACCCUCGACCAACUUUGAUCUGCAGGUUGAGGCCACCACGGACGUCAUAACGUACGCUUCGGAUAGCACAGAGAGCACUUUACCUCCCGCAAAGGCUGAAUUAGACUUACAUCAUAGUUCGACAACCAGGCCUCAAGCUGCAAUAGAUCAAGAGCCAACGGCUCCAAGUCAAUAUUCUGGGCCUGUAGAUGAUUUGAUGGAGCAGGUGACACCUGAACUUUCGACUUUGUUAACUGAUAACUAUCAUGAAUCGUCAACUAUGGUCCCAAUGCACUCGGCUACAUCUGAUAUGGCGGAUGUUAAUUAUGAGGCGUCGGUGCUUCAAGAACGUGUUACUACGUCACUACAAGAAGUAACGGAUGAUGAUGAAAGUACGUCUGCGUCCGAAAUGCCAACAGAAUAUCCAAGUACUACCCUUUCAUCAAAAGCCUUAUUUUCCUCCACCGCUACGGACAUAUCUACGAAAGACACUUCAGUAUCUGACGUGUUCUCUCCGAUAUCGAUUCUACCAUUUGACCUGGUAGAUCCGUCUUCCACAGCCGCAUCAACAGAGGAACAGGAAAGACAUUCACUUGUUAGCUCUGCAAGUUUUGUGUCUAAGGAAGACGCACUGUCAACGUUGAGCAUGGACUUUUCAACGCCGUAUAACGCUAUCGCCCUGGAAGUUGAUGGCGAAAUGGAAUCGGAGAAGAUUGUCUCAUCGGAAAGCACAUUUUCAGUACCGGAAUGGACCACACCCGAAGAAACCUUUAGUGGUGAAACUCCUUUGCUACAUUCUACUGUCUUUGAUACUUUAUCUUUCAAAGACCAUCAUCCAGAACCCACAGGAAUCACAGGGACGGAAGAUCCUGGUACUGCUUUUCAUGACCAGUCAACUACCAAAGAAGUGACGUCAAUUCUUGAAGAAGAGUCCGUGAAAAGCAGUCUUCCACCUCAAGUAUUCUUCUCGAAUGUUGAACCAAUCUUUCCUAUGAACCUGAUGGAUGAUUCAACAUCUUUAAUCCCUGACGUAACAGAAACGCCAAUCGAUCUUUCCAGUUCUAGUCCCACAGAUUCAAUUACUCCCAUCGAAGAAACAUCGUUUUCCAUUCAUUUGGAUGUUUCGACCACCCAGACGCCAAUCCUUUUAGACACUAGCACUGUCGCUGUUGAAUCAACAGAUAAUGAUUCUGUGACUCCUGAACCGGAUUCUUUAUUUGGUAAAUCCCAGUCUGAAGCGACAUCGGUAACAGACUUGAACGAAACUCAAUUUACCGAGCCAUUCCAAGAAGCCUUCUCUGAUGAAUCUGCUGUGCCGUUUACUACCACAUCGAUCGAUGUCGAAAUGACAGACAUAUCCACUGGAGAUGAAUUUAAUUUACCUGCAGUUUCACUUCAAACAACGUCUAACGAGAAGAUGGGCACGAUUGAAUUUUCACCAACAACUUUGCAAACAUCGACGGAUAGUAGUUUUCCCAACUUCAGUUUUUGACGGGAUUUCCUCGACGAUUGAAUCGAUUUCACCUCUGGUGGAUUUCGUCUUCCACAAAUUUAAACCCAAAUAUCAUGGAAUCGUCUACUGACUACGCGGUAUUAUGAUUCUAUUCUGUCGAAUCCAAAGAUAGAUACUGAAGAAAUUCAAUCGUCUAAUGACCUCUCGACCCCUGAUGCUUCCACCGUUGCGGAUAUUACCAGUACCGAAAACGAUCCUACGUCCUCUGAGACGAGUCUCUCAUUGGAACUCGCUGAUUUAGAAGGUAGUUCAUCAGUAGCUGACUGGAGUUCGCCUGAAGUUUUCACAGAGUCAGCCUUACUGUCUUCUGCAUCCACCGACGUUGAAAUGAUGGACGUUCAGACAGUUAGUAGCAAGGAAUUUGCUGCUCUUUCAUCCGCAACGUCUUUGGCCGAAGAGCUUGUAAUUAGCAAACUUUCUUCUAUAUCCAUGGAAACAUCGACCGAAGUUAAUUUUUCUCCUUCAAUAUC